CCGAAAGGAGCGUUUUGCUCUAGUAGGAUUAUAAUUGUUGUGAAAUAAAAAGGAAACCAUAUUAUUUUGGACUGGAUAGUGAUUUGAACUGUGCAGUGCAUAAACCUAAAACAAAAGACAUACUGUUUUCUUACGAGGCUCGGAAAUCCAUUCGAAAAAACGUAACAAGAGAACGUGAAUUUCGUGGCCUAUUAAUGUUACAGUGAAUUGUGUGAACUGUUACGUGUCGUGACUCCGCUGUCAACGUUCACCGUCCGUGAAUUUAAUCUUACAAAUUAGCCUUUUGCACUGUGAUUUGGGGUCGGUACUGAAUAAAGCAUCGCUGAGGCGAAACGAUGUGAUUCGUGAGUUGCAAAAGCCCCAGACCCAGUUAAGCAGAAGUCAUCACGUGCAAUUUGAAGUCCCAAGUUUAGGUUAGGUUACGACAUCGCGUAUAAACGCAUAAGGUUGAGAAUAACAAGCGACGACGCCUACCUAAUGACCCGCGAUCGCGAAAUCCAUGUCCUUCUUUGGAACCUUAUUGACUACACGUGUUUUGGUGUUAAUUUUCGUAAAAAUUCGGUGUGAACAAUUUGACACUGGAGGUCAUCUCGUACUGAUGAUAUCUUGAUCUGCGUCUACAGCAUCAACAAGUCGGUUGUGCCAACUUUUGGAAGGGAAACAAUUUUAUCGCUUUUGAGUCUAAAAUAUGGGAAAUGAACAGGGCGUUGAGUCUGAAGACGGCCGUCUUCUGGGUUGUAGCGUUGUGUAGUCUGAUAGAAGUUUACCGACGUUUCAGAGGUCACUGCUGUCUGAUGAUUUGGACGGUCAUCUUUGUGUGUAACUUUGUGUUUGCUGAAGACAAGAUUUGGAACUAUUUGGAGAGACAGGAGGAUGGAUAAUAAUACGUAAUGAGGAGGUCCGUGCCUUGUUAUUUCCUCCAGAUAUUAUUACGAUGACAAAAUGCACACAACAUUUUCGUCGGAAAACCAAAACUGGGGUGACGCCGUCAUGAAGGGCUGGUUCGACGCGUUCAGAAACGAUGGCGGCCCCACCCUGUACAGCUACAACAACCGAACGCCUGUCACGGGGGACGUGCACACCCUCACACUGUACCUCGUCUUCUUCACCGUCUUCCUGGCCUUUCUCGUCAUCUUCCCCGGCGUCCGGAAAGAGAGAUUCACCACAUUCACCAGCGUGACUCUGAGUCUGUUCGUAGGAACUGUCAUCCUCGUGGCCAAAUACGGAUCUGGAUGGCACGUUGCAUGCACAGAGAUCGUCAGCUCUUAUCGUGCCUUCUCCAGGGAGAAGGUCGAAGCAGAGUUGGGCGCGUAUAUUGGAUUGGGACAUGUGAACAUCACUCUCCGAGCGAUGCCAGGGGACAACUGGACUGAGGACAUCGAUUUUAACGAGCGCUUCUCGUGGCUCGGUUCUGAAGAGAUGGGCGAGAGCUACAGGGAGGCGCUGGUGCGUGGCCUGCCGUUCCCCAUCCUCACGGUGGCGGAGUACUUCAGCCUGGGACAGGAAGGGUUCGCCUGGGGCGGCCAGUACAGAGCUGCAGGCUACUACGGUGCCAUCCUUCUCUGGUCUGCCUUCGCCAUGUGGCUGUUGAUGAACCUGCUACUUGUCGUGGUGCCCCGCUACGGGGCCUACGCCAUGAUGGUGACUGGGACGCUGCUGCUCAGUACCGAUCUGGUUUACUAUAUGCUCAUCCCACUGAACCCACUAGUGGUGCGGUUUGAGGGGAGUGUCCUCAUGUUCAGGCUGGGGUGGUGCUUCUGGCUUGUGAUAACAGCAGGUGCGCUGUGCAUAGUUGUAGGUCUUGUGAUAGCAAUUAUAGACCUCAUCUACCCUCAUCGUUUCUCAACUAUACUUGAGGUGGACUACGACACUCCAUAUGAUCGACACAUCAUUAUAGAGGAGAGUCACGACACCAGAAAUAACAAAAAGAAAAACUUGGCAAAUAGACUAGAAGAACCUGCCACUGCUGGUCUUGGGUCCAGAUUGCUGAGACGCCUGUCCAAACGUGAACGUAUUGAGGAUCGUCAAGGUGUGAUUAAUGAAGGUUUUGAGAUGGAUCCUCCAAAAUCUCCAUGGAGGUACCCAUUCUCUCGCACCAUGGCAGCUGGUGGUGGCACGGGUGGUAGGGUACCGGUCGGGAUGGGUAGAGGAUUGAACAGGGCUCCUGGUAGAGUUGGUAUCAGAGAUUUCCACAGGACUACAUCACAGGAUUCUCAGUCAAGUACCUGUACAGGGUCAAGUGGGGCAUCCAGUCUAGGGUUGUCAUUCUUGCACAAGGAAACCCUGCCACCAGUUCACAGUGACCCAGCUGUCUCUGCGUCUAGGAGGAUGGCGGCAGAAAAUCAGCAUGAAGUUGCCAUGUGGUAACAAAUGUCACUUAAAAUUAGACAUGAGAUAAUAUUAGAUGUGAUUUUUAACCAAUAUUUAAGUGCCUUUUUGAAAUGCCAUAAUACAGAUAUUUUUCUCUUAAUUUUUAACAAAAUAUAUUGUAAAUACAACUAAGAGGACAUAAAACCACUGCUUUAAUAAAGACAUUAAAGAAGCAAACUGCAGUGUUGCAGGAUAAAGCAAAGAAGAUAUUAGUGAUAGUGUGAAUAAUGUAUCCUUCCAUUUUGAAGAAACUUGUUAAGUUGUGAUGUUACUUACUUUUAGAAAUAAAGGAACUAUAAAUAAGAAUGUUUAACAAUGUUUUCCAAGUGCUGUUUUUAAUUUACCCAAUACAAUUUGUCUUAAUUCACAACUGUACUUCUGUAUUAUCUUCUAUUUGUAAUGUUGUGAAUAUUUGCGAUUACUUGCACAUCUUUAUUUUUAAUUUGUAUUCCUACGCAUAAAUAAACAGUAACUUGGUUUUCCUACUUUUGUAAGUUAUGAAAUGUGUGUGUGAUUGUGCAGUAUGCAUUGUUAAUCUAUGUACGUUAAAAUAUCAUAGAAUAAAUACUUUCUUAUA